UUCCUUGCUGUUUGAAAUGCUGUGUGCAUCGUGGAGAUAAUUUUUUUUCUCACUCCCCUCCAUUAAUAGUGCGAUAAACCAAUUUUUCUGAAAAGUUAUAUAUCAGUUUUAAAUAAAACUUUUAUAAAAGUUCAGUUUGGUUUAGUGUCGAAACUAAAAGUGCGGAUAUCAAAUGGAAACAACACUAAAGGAUCUUAUCAGAAAGGAGAGCAUACUGAUUCGAAAUGAAUUUAAACGCUUCCACGUGUCCGCUUGCCAAAUCUAGGAAAGGCGACAAACUGAAACAUCUAGAAACAUAUAACGAUUGUCUUCUUCUCUGAGAAUAUCUUCCAAAGAACAAACAAAAAAUAGCAGAAGGAACAUUUUGCUCGUUUCUCCUGUUAAGCAAAAAAAAGGUCGACUUCUUCUCGUCUCUUUUUGUCAUUUAUUGCAAAAAAAAUCAAAGAAUUCUAAUUGCUUCCUUUUUAUUGACAAACGUCGUCAGCUUUACUAUUUUUGACUAAUUAAUUUUCACUGAAACGCUUCCAAAGAAAAUAAAAGACGCAUCAAAGAAAAUAUGGCUACAAUGGCUUGUGGAGAGUACACAUCUGUUAAAGACUUUUAUCGAGAUCGAUCAAUUUUCAUCACUGGAGGCACUGGCUUCAUGGGCAAAGUCCUCGUUGAGAAAUUACUGAGGUCCUGUCCCGGAAUUAAAAAUAUCUAUCUUCUUAUGCGACCCAAAAAGGGACAAAACGUUCAGCAAAGGUUACAGGAACUUCUCAAUGCGCCCCUAUUUGGGAAAAUACGCCGGGACUCGCCUCAUGAUUUGACGAAAAUUGUACCGGUGGCAGGCGAUGUUACGGAACCGGAACUUGGAAUCUCGGAAGAGGAUCAAAAUCUACUUAUUCACUGUGUGUCAGUUGUAUUUCAUUCCGCAGCGACUGUUAAAUUCGACGAGGCCUUAAAAUUGUCCGUCACCAUUAACAUGCUUGGCACGAAACAACUUGUCGAGCUUUGCCACCGUAUGCACAAUUUAGAGGCCCUAAUUCACGUAUCGACGGCUUAUUGCAAUUGCGAUAGAACUGAUGUUAAUGAAGAAAUUUAUCCAGUCCCUUUGGAUCCGGAACAAGUGAUCUCUUUUACCAAGUGGAUGGACGAUAAGCUCGUCGAGGAAUUGACACCAAAGCUCAUUGCUGGAAGGCCAAAUACCUAUACAUUUACAAAAGCCCUGGCGGAGAGAAUGCUUCUUUGUGAAAGUGGUACAUUGCCAGUUGCAAUCGUUCGACCAUCGAUUGUUCUCUCAUCAUUUAAAGAGCCAGUUGCCGGCUGGGUUGACAAUUGGAACGGACCAACUGGAAUUAUUGCCGCAAUUGGAAAAGGUUUCUUCAGAACAAUGAUGUGCCAUGAGGAAAAAGUUGCCGAUUUGGUGCCAGUCGAUAUUGUUAUUAAUUUAAUGAUAUGCGCGGCAUGGAGAACUGCAACACAUCCAACUGACAGUAUCAUGAUUUAUAAUUGUUGUACCGGUCAACAAAAUCCAAUAACAUGGAAGAAAUUUGUUGAUUUGGCAUUUAAAUAUACAAGAAUGCAUCCAGUGAAUGAUGCAAUAUGGUAUCCAGGUGGUCGUGCACGAAGUUCCUCAAUUUUGAACAAAAUAUUUGUCGCUUUCCAACAUACGUUGCCCGCUCACAUCUUGGAUUUUAUUGCCAAAUUGAAAGGAUCGAAACCAUUUAUGGUUCGUAUUCAAGCGAAACUCGAUAAAGCGGCCUCGUGUUUAGAGUAUUUUAGCACACAACAAUGGAAUUUUAAGGACGAUAAUGUUAGAAGACUGGAUGCACAACUCAGUCAACAGGAUAGAGAAACAUUUACGUUUGAUGUUAAGCAAAUUGAUUGGCCGUCUUAUUUGGAGCAUUAUAUUUUAGGAAUUCGGCAGUUUAUUCUCAAAGAAAGCCCAGAGACACUGCCAGCCGCCCGCUCACAUAUUACAAGAUUGUACUGGUUGAACAGAACAGUGCAAUUUGGAGCGCUCGUAAUUCUUUUACGUCUGUUGCUGUCGCGCAGUACUUUGGCCCAAUCAGUGUGGUUCUCCCUCCUAUCUCUGGUUCUUCGGUUAUGCCGAAUGAUUGUUUGACGGCUCAGAACCCUGAAUCAUGAUAAUAAUGUUAAUAAUAAUGAUGAUGAUGAAGUUGAUGAUGAUAAUGGUUGCAACAAACGUCACAAAAUUUCGGAGCUGGCCAAAAAGCAAAAUCUUAAGGUACAAAUUGUCCUUAAGUUUCAUUGCUCAUCAUCAGUCUCCAGAACAACAACAACAACAAUAACAACAACAACAAUAACAACAACAACAACAACAGCAACAACUGCAACAGCAACAACAACAACAGCAACAACAACUGCAACAGCAACAAGAAAAACAACAACAAAAAAACGCUAUCUUUAUCCCCAUAAAUUGGCCUUCCCGAUGUUCGUGUUCGUUCGUAUACAUAUUAGCGAAGACUAGAGACGUAUGUUUAUUCGAAGAAUGUCGGGUACCGAACAAAAAGUCAUCGCAACUAAAGAGAAAAAAGAAAAUGUUUUGGAUGCGAAAACAAUAGAUGAGAGAAAAAGAAAGAGAAAAAGAGAAGAAAAAACUACUUAGCAUCCGUCAUGGAAUUGUAGGGAAAGGUUUUUGCUACUUUUUCUUAUUGAACCAAGUACACGCGAAUUCCUUGAAGAAUAACAUAACGCUUUCAUCCUAGUCCAAUCCUUCUACAUUUUUUUUCUUUAUUUAUUUAUUUAAUUCCUCAUCGACAAAAAGGAAGAAAUAAAAAUCUCAAAAAAGUAGAGAAAAAAGAGGCACACAUUUAUUAAGUCGCUAUAAUCAUUUUUAUCGUACCGAUUAAUUUUUUCCGAUUUUCUUAUAAAUCUAUAUUGGUUCCGAGAUGUGAAUCUUUCUUUUUUGUAAAUCUCGUGUCUCGUUUUUAAAUAUGGUAUCAGGCAUUAUUUCCCUCUUACUUAGAUUAUAUAUAUAUAUAUAUAUAUAUAUUUUUUUUUUUUUUUUGCUGUUU